CUCCGGCAGACGAUCGUCCUUGGAUGAUUGCCCAGAGUCCUGUCCGUGGGCACCGAGCAUCCUGUCGAAUGAUACUGCGAGCGAGAGCGGGCCCGCUGCGGCGGUUACAUAUCCUGGCGCUGCUGCCAAGGGUUUCCGCCGGCCGCUCACUUCCCCGGACGAUCAGCGUCACCAGCAUCGUCGCCCACACUUCACCUCCGUCAAUACCACCAUCACGAUCGCAUGUCCGCCCGAUCCAGGCGCCAUCGGGCAUGCCCGAGCAGUCCGCAUCGCGGGGAUACUACCCACCCAACCCUCUUCGGGUCAAGUACGAUCACAGCGAGUACAUCGAGUCCUUCCUGGGGUCGCUGCGGCAGACGCCUUCCGAGCGAGCCUACGCCAUGCAGAUCUACCAAGGUCUCCGCGCCAAAGGUGCUGUUCCGUCCCCGGCCCUAUACCAACGCCUGGCUGCCCUGACUCUGUACAAUAUCUCGACCGCCCGAUACAUCUUUGAAGAAAUCGUCAAGCACGACAUCACGCCGACCCCGGAGACGAUCGGCCUUUUGCUGCGAUCGGCUGCGAAUGCGGCCAUGACAAGCUCAAAAUCCCGCACCCCAGGUCUGAUCCGGCUCGUGCAGCGGAUGCUGCGGCUCUAUGACCAAAAGUACGAAAUCAUGUCUGAGUUCUGUGUCAAUCAAAGCACGCACUUUGGCGAAUGCACAUCCGAUCCGGACCGAAGCCAAGACCAAGACCCAGGCUCGUUCCCGGAUCUCGGGCCGAUACGACGGCGGGCACAUUCCCCCGACCACCAUGGCCAAGACCAAGACCAAAGCCGAGACCAGCAUCAAAGCCGAGGCCAAUCUGACGGAAUUAGCCCGAAUAACGACAGCAGCGAUCCCGGCGGAAGCACCCGUGGAAUCCCGAAACCACGCGCCAUCCGUCCGUUCAUGCAGCACGAUUUUGUGCUGGUCUGUGCCGCCGAGUUCUACUGCUCAGCGCGAGACUAUGCGACCGCAAAGGACUACAUGGCCCAACUCUCCGCGCUAUCGAGCCUCUCGUGGGCGACCCGCCAGGUGGAAUGGAGCCUGCAAUUGCGGAUCCCACCUGUAUCUCUAAACGAGAUCCUGGAAAUCUAUCGACGGGGCAUGUCGCAAAAGCUGAAGCCAAGCAGCGCCGUGAUCAGCUCCGUGCUGCGGAGCGCCAUCACCGAACGGCGCCUCGAUGUGAUGCGCGAGUACAUGGGCAUUGCCAAACAGCGCCGGAUAUCACUCCAUCCAAAGCUCCACAGGCGGGCCCUCAAGACCCUCAAGUCGCAAGAGUCACGGGUGUGCGUUCUAGCAUGGGAAGAUGAGCUUUAUCGCUUCCGCAUGGCCGGCGAUCUUGACGGCGCCAUCGCAGCGUACCAGCGGGGCAUCCGCCGAGGGCUCCAAGUCACAGGCUACGUCGUUCGCACCAUGCUCCAGCUCGCCAUGGACAAGGCCCGGGCGGAUCUGACGUACCAGCUUUAUGCGCUCUAUCGACAAUCGUGUCAGGACCCCGACUCGGCUCUGGUGGUCAAGGGCCGGGUCAUCAAGCGGGCUGAGCGGUUCCUGGAACUUGUUUUGCGGAGCAAACACCAGACGCCGGAUUCCGGCGGCAGCGGGACGCCGACUCGGGCAGACGAGGCGAUAUCGGGCUGACACCGGUGGUCCGUCCCGAGCGAAUCAAACCCAACCAGCCUACCAUUCAUUCCAGUCUGGGCACUGGUGCAGCCACGAGGUUGUGACUGUCGAUGUUCUUGUGAUCUUCUCUGACACACCGCCUCCCCCUUCGGGUGUCUGGACCCAGCGCAUUCGGGCACCGAGACCCAGCACGCUCGCUGCCUUCCUCCUCCCACCUCCAUCAUGCCGCCAUCUGCAUACCACCCUCAUAUCCAGUCUUGGCGUUUCCUCGCCUCCAAGAUCCGCAUGUUCUCUCUUCUGUCUCCUCGGUCAAGGGGAGGGGAGCCACGUCGUGACAAACACAAUCUGAUUCACUGAAGGAGCCGAUUCCGAACGCUCGCUAAUGCAGCGGUUCCAAAUAAAGCGUCGCAGCGGGAUGAGCCGCGUUGCCCAUA